GUUAAUCAUGACAUAGAAUUGAAAUUUGGUGCUGUAUUUAAUUAAAAGCAGAUAUAAUACAUGGAUCUGCUAUUGUCAUACGUAUUACCUCCAACACAAAUUAUUACUCACAAGGAACAUCACGCGUCAUAUUCAAAACACAUGGACAUCUGAACAUUUGCAGACGACGUUCAGUCAAGGUUUUAACUUCGUGUUAGAUUGUCACGGCCAAACGUGACUUACGGGAAGUUCUAGUCUAGGUCACCUUACUGUUCGUAACCUUGUUAACUCAGAACUUAAGUCGCAUUUCAAGUUGAAGUGAAAUCAACAAGUAACACCACGGACCUAUAUAUUAUACAAGUCCGUGGUAACACCAAGCACAUCUUUCUGCAAUAGCCUGGAGUGGUUGCCGACAUGGAGGAUCUAAAGUCCACUGCAUGCAAAGCCAUUGAUGCUGCAUAUCCAGAUCUCAAAGCCCUCAGCAAAGAAAUCUAUGACAAUCCUGAACUAAACUUUGAAGAAUUCCAUGCUCAUGAGGUGCUCACAAAUCUGCUUGAGAAGUAUGGGUUUGCUGUAGAGAGGAGUUUCAAGGUUGCCACAGCCUUCAAGGCAACCCAUGGGAGUACUGACAAUGGAGGGCCUAAUAUUGCAGUGCUGUGUGAGUAUGAUGCCCUGCCUGGGAUGGGCCAUGCUUGUGGACACAACCUGAUAGCAGAGGUCGGCGUGGCAACGGCUCUUGGAGCCAAAGCAGCGAUGGAGGCUUCUGGAAAACCUCUUGGCAAGCUGACCGUGCUGGGCACCCCGGCGGAGGAGGGAGGGGGAGGCAAGGUUGACCUGAUCCGAGCGGGGGCCUUCAGUGGUGUGGAUGUGGCCAUGAUGGCGCACCCCUCCCAGUGCAAUCUCCCCAGGCCUGUCAUGGUAGCCAUGAACCAAGCUACCAUUCAGUUCCAAGGCCGAGCUUCUCACGCUGCAAGCUUCCCCUGGAAUGGGGUGAACGCCCUCGAUGCUGCCGUUCUCUGCUACCAGAACAUCUCCUGUCUGAGGCAGCAGAUCAAGCCAUCCUGGAGGAUCCAUGGUGUUAUAUCUAAUGGGGGAGCCAAGCCAAACAUCAUCCCUGAGUUCACGGAGCUGCAAUACAUGAUCAGGGCUCCCACGGACCCGGAACUAGUAUUCCUGAAGGCCAAGUUCGAGGCCUGUGUACACGGAGCAGCUCAGGCCACCGGCUGUACGGUGGAGUGUCGGUUUGAUGACAAGCCAUACUCAGCUCUGAUGAGCAACAAUAUCCUGGCAGCGCUGUACGAAACAAACGGCAGUCAAGUUGGAAUCCAGUUUGAGCAAGACCCGGCCAAGAUCGCCAAGCAGGGAGGCUCGACGGAUAUGGGCAACGUGUCACAUGUCGUACCCAGUAUACACCCCAAGUUCCACUUCGGGACAACAGCCAGUGGACACUCAGUAGACUUUGCCAAGGCCGCAGGUAGAGAGGAGGCGCAGGGCUACACGCUGUCUGUGGGGAAGGCCCUGGCCAUGACCGUCAUUGACCUGUUCCAGAACCCGGACAUGAUCCCACAGAUCCAGGAACAGUUCAAGCAGGAUCUUCAGCAGGAGGAACAGGCUGCUGUGUAGACUCGGUGUCACCUUAUCUUCAGAAGCAGGAACAGGCUGCUGUGUAGACUUGGUGUCACCUUAUCUUCAGAAGCAGGAACAGACUGCUGUGUAGACACGGUGUCACCUGAUCUUCAGAAGGAGGAACGGGCUGCUGUGUAGACACUGUGUCACCUUAUCUUCAGAAGCAGGAACAGACUGCUGUGUAGACACGGUGUCACCUGAUCUUCAGAAGGAGGAACGGGCUGCUGUGUAGACACGGUGUCACCUGAUCUUCAGAAGGAGGAAUAGGCUGCUGUGUAGACACUGUGUCACCUUAUCUUCAGAAGGAGGAAUAGGCUGCUGUGUAGACACUGUGUCACCUUAUCUUCAGAAGCAGGAAUAGGCUGCUGUGUAGACACGGUGUCACCUGAUCUUCAGAAGGAGGAACAGGCUGCUGUGUAGACACUGUGUCACCUUAUCUUCAGAAGGAGGAACAGGCUGCUGUGUAGACACUGUGUCACCUUAUCUUCAGAAGGAGGAACAGGCUGCUGUGUAGACACUGUGUCACCUUAUCUUCAGAAGGAGGAACAGGCUGCUGUGUAGACAUGGUGUCACCUGAUCUUCAGAAGCAGGAACAGGCUGCUGUGUAGACACUGUGUCACCUGAUCUUCAGAAGCAGGAACAGGCUGCUGUCUUGACUGUGAAAGAAGGUCACAUGAAACUCAUGUCUAUGCUCCAACAUGUUCCAUCCACUGCGUGAAGGAGGAGGGGAACUUGGUAAUGUACUGUAUAACAGUAUGAAGGAAGACAGACUUCAAGAAAGAUAUUGAUGAAGGAGCAAAAGUUGCUCUGAAACAUCUUGCCAAAGAAUAAAAAAAGUUACUAUCCAUAAAAAGUGUCAUGUAUUAAUGUCACCUGAUGAAGGCGCAAGAAGUAGCUCUGAAACAUUGUGACAAGAAGUUGCUGUCUAUAAAUAGUGUCAUCUAUCCGAGACUUCUUAGUACAUUGUGAAUUGAAAUAUAUCUGAGAGCAUCAUCAUGGAUGAAGUUUGUAUGAAGAAUGAAAUAAGGAUCCAUAACAUCAAUACAGCAGUUACUCUUGCAAGGCUUCAAGUCCAUAUGCAAACCAUCCAUUAAAAACAUUCACUGACCCUUCUCAGUAGGAAUGCCUUGGGGUGCUACCAAGGUCAUGGUCUGCUGUCGUGCUGAAUAAGUAGUAACUUUUAUAAAUGUAAUUGCAUUGUACUGAUAUCACAUGAGGUGCCCCAACUUUAGCAUAGAAGCAUGUGACCCAUGAUUAUGCAGGGUAGAAUGGGUCUUCAGCAACCCAUGCUUGCCGUAAAAGGUGACUGACGGGAUCGGGGUGGUAAGGCUCGCUGACUUGGUAGAUGCAUAUCGUAUCCCAUUUGUGUGGAUCGAUGUUCAUGAUGUCAAUCACUGGAUUGUCGGGUCCAGACAUGAUUAUUUACUGACUACCAUUAUAUAGCUGGAAUAUUGCUGAGUGCGGCGUUAAACAACAAAAAACAAAAACAAAAUCAAACAAUAGAAGUAUGUUUACUACUGUCAUCUCCCCACAUUUUGAGGCUCUCAAAGUCCUAAGUCCCUCUGAAGUGUUACAUGUUUAUAUUGAAGUAUAUUCCUGAGGGAGAUGAGAAUACAGUCUGAAUGCUCAUUCAUCUGUUAACCAGGUAAUGUGUCCUCUGAGCAUGCUGGUCAGGUGUCUGGUGUUAUAUACUUGGGGUGAAAUGGUAACGAAAAGGUCACGAUUCGUAACCUGUCAUGAUACGAUAUGUAUUGCAAUACCCAUAUGUACUUCACAUCGCAUGGUAACUUCUUGACUUUUAAUAUUUCAGAGCAGGUUCAAAAGGAAAAGCUAGCUGUAGACACGUGUUUGUAGUGGAUAUUUGUAUUAGUGAACUUGAAACGCAAAUAACAACACAUCUUGCAAAAUUUGACUGACAUCGGUGCACCGUUGUAUCGUUUCACCCCUAUUUUUUCCGCUAAUAAUUAUGAUCAUGAUAUAGGUUUAUUGUGUUGACAAACAGGAUACUAUCCCCCUGCAGUUAAUUUCAUACAAAUAUCUGUGGCAUUUGAUUGGCUAACCGAGCAGUUUUUGUAUGCUUUUGUUGCAUUAUUGGGCUGAACGAUGUCACUGAGUUUGUAUUGUUUUUGUGUUGAUGGUAAAAUAAGCAGUCGGUGAAGUUUUUAUUUAUUAUGUAUUUCAUUUUAAGAAUUGACUUCAAUAUUUGUUGAUAAGCUUAUUUAUUUAAAGUGUUCACAGACAUUCUGAUGUUUAUUCCUCCAUAACUGCAAGAUAUAUUGAAGUCAAUUCUUAAAUCAAAAUGAUUUGUUUAAUGGAACAACUGCUGCAUGAAUGGUUGAGGCAGGGGAAAGGAUUGUUUUAUUUUGAUGAUCUGAUGUUUUGCAAUAUUUUACUUAGAGCUGAGCUCAUUUAUAACAAGAAUUCAACUUAUGGAGUAUACGUCCCAUACAUGACCUACAUGUAUGCUGCGGGGGCACGGGUGGCCCGAUCGUCUUAGGCGCUGCGAGUCACUGUGCAGAGGUGCGUCCCUUGGGCACGCCAGAAACCUAUAAUUGUGGGUUCAAAUCCCGGUUCGCCCCAAUUAUGUUUCUAGGUUUGUCAGCGCCAUACCUGUGCUUGUGGGUUUCGCCGAAGUGAUAAAUGUCUGAGACCUGCAUCACUUCGGGCUUUCCUCCCACUUUAAGCUGUUGAAAGCGACGUUAAACCCAACUCACUCACCACAUGUAUGCUGUGCAAAUUAUAACCUGAUACUCGUUCCACGAGGUGAUGCUAGCGCUGGCGUAAGUCAAUGUUAAAGAAGACUGGCGCUAAGACUGCUUCGUGGAAUGGGGCACUGGAGUGCUAUACAGGACAUGCCAAUAGGUUUGUACCUCAUCGAACAUGUUUCACCCUAAUUGGUUGUGUAAUGAACAUUUUUAUUUAACUCUUACACAGAUUGGAAUAAAACUAUAAAUAUUGUCCAAACUUUGUUUUACGUUUUGUCCUGUAACAGAAUGCCUACUUGAGGAGAUAAGAAUGUCUUGCACAUUAAAAGGACCAACAAGUCUUCCAUGUGCUUGUCUGUGUGUCUCGAAGUGAGACUUUAUUUGUAUUUACACCCCGCUGGCGAUUCUGGGUGACAUAGGUGAGGUGAAAUGGGGUUUAACGUCGCGUCCAAGAUUAUUGCACUUAUAUAGCGACGUGCAUGCACGUAUGUGUGUGUGUGGCUGCUUGUACUAGUCCGGACUG